GGCAAGUGUGCGGCAAUACAGCGUUAGCGAUGGAAGCCGACAGAAGCGAUCGUGGGGACAGAACGUGGCUGGCCAGGAGCGGGAAGCACCGAGGAAGCACCGAUCCACCAUGACGCAUUGGCCAUCCUCUUCUCACGAGACAAAUCACCGUUGAACAACAAAGACGUACAUGCAACACGACAUUCACCUGUUACCGACUCGCUGCUCACCCUUCACACCCUCUUGCUACUUUCUUUGAUUACAAUUACCACCACUUCGCUCAAGCUCUGACGUUGGAUCCCGAGAAGGGCUUAUCCCCAGCCCUGCAACUCGCGAUUCCCUUUGGUCCCUGCGCUGCGUAGCUACGCCCCACUGCCACCCCAACUUCUUAAGGGUCCGAUCUCCCUACACAAGCCGCACCUGCAACAUGUCGCACUUCAGCAAUAUGGCCGCCCCUCACACGCUAUCUCCUAGGAGUGCUACACCAAACUCUGGGAGCCGAACCAUAGAAGUUCGACCCCAGCCCGUAUUGCGUCUGUCAGCACCUUCCGGUGUGCUUCGUCUACGCGCAGAGCCAUCAGAACGUCGACACAUUCAAUGGGCCGAAGACGUGGUCGAUAACGAAGGCAUGGGCAAGAAAUCUUCCAAAGUUUGCUGCAUCUACCACAAACCCCGCGCCGCUGACGAGUCUUCUGACGACGACUCCUCGGACUCAUCGUCAGACUCAGAUUCCGACUCCGAGCCCGACAAUAGUACUGCAAGGCCUGCUGGGCGGAUGGGCGGAGCGCGCGGUAGACGGCCACAUCAACAUGCUCAUAACGAUUGUGAGGACGUCCACGAUCACGGCGAGGGUUCUAGUACCCCGCAAAAGCACAAGCGCCAACGGAGGAAGCCAAGCCCAAAUGCCUACGAGAAGAUGCCGAAGCAGAAGAAGUAAGCUGUGCUCUAGCUGGUAAACUUCCGGUGUCCACUGGGGGUUAGUCAGUACGACUUGAAAACGAUUUUCAUUGCUUGGAGUUACGGGUGUCCAUGUGGCACGUCAUGAUUUGGACUGCGUCAUUGCAUAGCGCUGGGAUGGACUUGAAUAGUCCGCAAAUCGUCGCCUUGUGUGGCUGGACGUGAGACAUUAGAUGCAGAUGAGCAUU